UUCAGGAUGCAUAUAAAAACGCCAAAACAAAAAAAAAGUUUUGACUUUCUUUCACUUGUUCUCUUGCGCUUCUCCUUGCUUUCUUCCCCAUCUGGUUACUUGAAUGGAUAUACCCAGCAAUAGAGAUUCCUCCAAUGGAGGCCAAGACAUUCCCCGCAUUCGCAAUCUCCAUCCAUCCCAGCUAUCACCCGACCAGCAUCAGUAUUAUGGUGCAACUUAUCAUGAAGAUAUGGGCUCUAUGGAACGCACCAAUACCAACACGCUCUCCGAACGUAUUGGAUCCUUUGUUGGCUCUUAUUCAAGGACGUCUCUACUGUUUAUGGCAGAAAAUUUGGCCAUCCCUUCUUCUGCCGCUUCGUUAGAUGAUGAUGAUGAUUUCAAAUCAAUCAAUUCGUCGGGUUACUUUUCCAGACGCGCUUCGGUUGAUCAAGAAAGGCGAUCUAUUUCAAGAAUAUCACGUAUUGACUCAUUAGGAGCCAACGAACGCGCUUCGCUACUAUUCAGCAACCUUGACAAGGUGUUGACCUCGCACAGUGUCGCCACCUUUGCAGACGAGUACCGAUUUGAUGCCCACGGAUCCAGCAGUGGGAAAAAAUCAUCGUUCACACAAUCUAUCUUCAAUUCUAUCAAUAUCUUGAUCGGAAUUGGUAUAUUGGCUUUACCAUUGGGAUUCAAGUGUGCUGGAUGGGUCAUUGGCAUUUCAGUCUUUGUGUUUUGCUGUGGUUUGACGAACUAUACCGCCAAACUACUGGCCAAGUGUUUGGACGCUGAUCCAAACUCACGCACAUACGGCGACAUGGGUGCAAUGGCGUUUGGGCUUAAAGGUUGUGUGAUGGUGACGGUCUUAUUCAUCACGGAACUCAUCACCAGCAGUGUGGCUCUUGUUGUAUUACUUGGUGACGGUAUCGAUUCGUUGUUUCCCGGACAUGACACUCUCUCCAUCCGUAUGCUUUCCUUUUUAAUUCUGACGCCCAUGCUUUUCCUCCCUGUACGUCAUUUGUCCUACACCAGUUUACUGGGUAUCAUGAGCGCGUUCUGUAUCAUUAUUGUCAUUGUCGUUGACGGUUUAUCCAAACCCUUUGCACCCGGCAGUCUCAUCGAACCUGCUGAUACGGAAUUGCUGCCUUCUGACUGGAUGACGGUUCCCUUGAGUUUUGGCUUGAUCAUGGCAGGGUUUGCAGGCCAUGCAGUUUUCCCAACGGUGUAUCGCGAUAUGGAUGAUCCCAAACGGUACCGUUCCAUGGUAAACUGGACGUACGUGGCUACAACCAUUGUCUACUUUGCUGUGGCGGCGUGCGGUUACAUGAUGUUUGGAUCACAGACAAUGCAGGAGAUUACCCAAAAUAUUGUGGCCGUGCCAGAAUACAAUCAAACACUGAAUCGAUUGGCGGUUUGGCUUAUUGCCAUGAAUCCCAUUGCGAAAUACGGCCUGACACUUAAUCCGGUGAAUCUCAGUUGGCAAAUUCUCGUUUUCCGAUCGUCGCCUAUCGAAGGAUGGUGUGCACGUAGCAGUUGGAGAGAACCGUUUCUUACGUUUGUGGGCAAAGUGAUCGUGAGUAUGUUCAUUGUGUCACUAGCCUACAUCAUUCCUGGGUUUGAUAAAAUCAUGGCUUUGCUCGGUGCCUUUUUCUCCUUUAUGAUUUCCGGUAUCUUCCCUCUGGUUUGCCACCUUCGUCUCUUUGGGGACUCCAUGUCCUCCUCCGAAAAGGUUCUCAACUACGUUCUCAUCGUGAUCGCAUCUUCCAUGGCUUUUAGUGGCACCUUGUGGAGUUUCAUUUAAAGUCACCGUUGGUCGUUCUUUUUUUUUCUUUUUCUUUUUCUUAUAUACGUACAAGAUACCUUGCUUCUAUUACACCAAUUUUCGUCAUUUUCUCAUUCCUCCCUUGCUUUCGUUGCUGUCCCCGUCUUUUUUCAACUU